AUGAACGUUAGACCCUUCUCUUCUCUCAUCACGAGAAGCCCCGCUCUCACCAUCAUCCCUCGCUCGCCCAACCCAUUGAGAUCCCAUCACCGCACCAAAUCAGACCUCGCCACCUACGUCUCUCAGCUCCAGCUCUGCGCCCUUCGGCGUCAUCUCCCCAAGGCCCGCGAGGUCCACGCCCGCCUCCUCGCCACCGGCCUUCACGCCUCCCCCUUCGCCGUCACCGCCCUCAUCACCCUCUAUUCCCGCUGCGCCCGUCCCGCCGACGCCCUCGCCGUAUUCCGCUCAGCCACCGGCCCUCCCAACCUCUUCUUCUGGAACGCUGCCAUCGCCGCCCUCGCCUCCAAUGGCCUCCCCGCUGAUGCCCUCCUCCUCUUCCGCAGCCUCCGCUCCGAGGCCGCCCUUCCCCCCGACGAGUUCACCUACCCCUGCGCCAUUAAAGCCUGCUCCGACCUCGGUGCCACGGCCGAGCUCAGGAAGAUCCACGCCGAGCUCUUCAAGGCGGCCUUUGAUACUGAGGUCUUCACCUCAAGUGCUCUGAUCCAUUCGUAUCUAACAUUGGGCUUCGUGGACGACGCUCAGAGGGUGUUCGACGAGUUGCCCGAGAGAGAUGUGGUCCUCUGGAAUGCCAUGGUUAAUGGCUUCGCCCAGAGGGGCCAGUUCGCCAUGGCUCUCGAUUACUAUCGCCGCAUGGUGCAUGAAGGUAUACUUCCAAGUAAAUUCACCGUCACCGGGAUCCUCUCGGUCUUCACCGCCACCGCCGACCUGAAAAAUGGUAGAAAGAUCCAAGCUUUUGCCACGAAAUUUGGGUACGACUCCGAGGUGGCGGUCGCCAAUGCUCUCAUCGACCUUUACGGCAAGUGCCAUGCUGUGGAGGCGGCGGCGGAGGUUUUCGAGUCCAUGCCGGAGAGGGACCUCUUCUCCUGGAACUCCAUGAUCUCCGCCCGCCAGUACUCCGCUGACCAUCUCGAGACCCUCCGGCUCUUCGGCCGGAUGCGGCGUGCCGGGGUCCCGCCGGACCCUGUGACCCUCGCGGCCGUCCUCCCGGCGUGCUCACAGAUGGCGGCCCUCUCGCUCGGCCGCGAAAUCCACGGGUACAUGGUCGCGAGCGGCAUGAGGAGUAGCGAAGGAGACGUGUUCGUCGACAACGCGCUGAUGGACAUGUACGCUAAGUGCGGGGCUCUGGAGAAUGCGCGGAGAAUGUUCGACGGAAUGCGGGAGAGGGACGUGGCCUCGUGGAACAUAAUGAUAGACGGGUACGCAGCGCACGGGCGGGGCCGGGAGGUGCUGGGGCUGUUCGAGGGAAUGGCGGCGGCGGGGGUGGCACCGGACGAGGUGACGUUCGUGGGGGUGCUGGCGGCGUGCAGCCACUCGGGGAUGGUGGAGGAGGGGCGGGAGGUGCUGAGGCGGAUGGUGGCGGAGUUCGGUGUGGCGCCGGCGGCGGAGCACUGGGCGUGCGUGGCAGACAUGCUGGGGCGGUCAGGGCGGCUGGAGGAGGCGCGGGUGGUGGCGGAGGUGGCGGGAGAGGCGGGGCGGGGGCGUGGAGGGCGUACCUGGCGGCGUGCUGGGCGAAGGGGGAGGCGGGGCGGGCGGCGGAGGCGGGCGGAGAGGGUGGUGGGAUUGGAGCCGGCGGGGAGCGGGGGGUGGGUGCUGCUAGCGAAUACGGCUCGGGGGGGUGGGGAGGUGGGGAGAGGUGGCGGGGGUGCGGCGGGAGAUGAGGCGACGCGGGGUGAAGAAGGCGCCCGGGUGUAG